AUGUGGACGGGGCUCGCUCGGACCAGCGCGGUGUCCUAUACAGGUCGAGGUGUGUGGGCUGGGUCCGGAUCCCCUCCUCCGCGGGCUGCGUCCCCAAAGACACCGGCGGUGCAGCUUCAUCUGUGGGCAACUUUUUUUUGGGUGGGGGGGGGAUAUAGAACGUCGUUUUUGGUGGGGGUUUUUUGUGCUUCGUUUAAAGCCCCCCUUUCCCCCCCCUCGCACGCUUCCGCUGGGUAGCAUCUCAGCCCCUUUACCUCGACAUUAAGUGGACCCGAGGAGGUGGUGGGCAACUGGUCCGCACUAGGUUUUUCCAAUAGAGUGUUCCGACGAGGUCAGCGCGGAUGGGACUUCAGAAAGGGCCUGGUUGGGAAAAGGAGUGAGAAUGGACAACCUUUCUGACUUCGGGGGUCCCUGUCCAUCCAGCCGCAGGGAAUGGGACACCAACAGCGGCGUGGACGAUUUAAUGGAUGACGAUGACAAAGACAGGGCAAAAAGGGCUUCUCGUAACAAGUCGGAAAAGAAAAGGAGAGACCAGUUCAAUGUGCUCAUCAAGGAGCUGUGCACCAUGCUGCAGGGUCAAGGCCAUCCGCGCAAGAUGGACAAGUCCACCAUACUGCAGAGAACUAUUGACUUCCUGCAGAAACAGAAAGACAUCACUGCGCAGAACGAAACGUGUGAUGUGAGGCAGGACUGGAAGCCCUCGUUCCUCAGUAAUGAGGAGUUCACUCAGCUGAUGCUGGAGGCCCUCGAUGGUUUCUUGGUGGCAUUAACUACAGAUGGCAACAUCAUAUACGUAUCUGACAGCGUGUCUUCACUCAUUGGCCAUUUACCGUCAGAUAUGGUGGACCAAAAUAUCUUGAAUUUCCUUCCGGAGCGGGAACACGGGGAGGUGUACAAGCUGCUAUCAUCCCACAUGCUGAUGACUGACCCCACUGCUGCUGACUUCCUUGACAGCGAGGCACAUAUUGAAUUUUGCUGUCACCUAGCCAGAGGUAACAUUGACCCAAAGGAACCGCCGGUGUACGAGUACGUCAAGUUUGUGGGAGAUUUCAAGUUUCAUAACAAUGUGCCUACAUCUUGUAACGGGCUCGAUUUGACGUUACCAAGAAGCCUUCAGUCAUCGCUGGAGGAGCAGGUCUGCCUCAUUGCUACUGUACGAUUAGUCACUCCACAGUUUGUUAAGGAUCUGUGUAAUGUGGAAGAUCCCUGUGAUGAAUUCACAUCCAGACACAGCCUUGAAUGGAAGUUCCUGUUUUUAGAUCACCGAGCGUCACCGAUCAUUGGAUAUUUACCCUUCGAAGUUCUUGGAACUUCUGGCUAUGAUUACUAUCAUGUGGAUGACUUGGAGCUUAUAGCUCAGUGUCAUAAGCAGCUAAUGCAGUUUGGAAAGGGUAAAUCCUGCUACUAUCGCUUCCUGACCAAAGGUCAGCAGUGGAUUUGGUUGCAGACUCACUACUACAUCACUUACCACCAGUGGAACUCCAAGCCCGAGUUCAUCGUCUGCACUCACACUGUUGUCAGUUAUGCUGAGGUGCGAGCUGAGAGGAGGAGAGCGUUUGGCUUUGAGGAGCUGUCUCCACCCGAGGUUGCUCCCUCUUCAGUGAAGGCUCAGGAGCUGUACUUGGACAUCUGCUCCACACUGGACCCUCCGCAGGACAGGAACAGCGGCGCACGUUCGGUGUCCUCCCACAGCUCCCGGAAGUCCUCCCACAUGUCGGACUCUGCAUCACCUAACUCCUACACAGAAGCCUGCACGCCAUCAUGGCAGUCUGCUUCCAUUGGGACGGAGAAGACCUCUGCCAGACUACAACCUAGUAGUUCAAAGAAUUUGGCACAAAGACAAAAUUCCUUUGACCUCGUGCCCCAACUGAGCCUCUCCCUUUCUCCCACCUGCAGCAAGCACUCCACAAUGCAGCAGCCACAGCCACAGCCACAGCCGCAGCCGCCACCACCACCACCGCCCAUGUAUCAGCUGCAGCAGCCCCAGCUCUGUGUAAUGAACCAGCUGAAGGAGCAGCUGGAGGAGAGGACGCGCAUUCUGCAAGCUGACAUUAAGACGCAGCAGCAGGAGCUGCACGACAUUAAGGAGAAGCUUCACCUCGCUAAUCUCCAGAUGUUGUUACAGCAGCCUAUCCAAAAUGACUUUGGCCAGGCCCAGCAGCAGCAGCAGCAGCAGCAGCAGCAGCAGCAGCCCCCCCAGCAGGGAUCACGGAGGGCGGCCCAGCAGAGCCAGGCAGGGUUGACCAGGCAGCACUCGGGCCACUCUAAACCACCGUCCUGCGGGGCCCACAGUUCAUCCCCUCACUCAGUCCUGAGAGCGAUCAGCUCACCCUCAACACAGCAGCUCCAGCAGAGGAUUGCACGGAGCGGGCCGGCGCAGUCGGUGAGCGUGCCCGUGCAGACGAACACGAGCGUCACGAUGCCUUUCUACAGCAACCCCAUGAUGUUCUCUCAGACCAACACGAGGUCUCUGCAGGACGUGAACCAAAGACUUACAGACGGCGAGUUCAACCAAGAUGGGCAACUACGCAUGCUCCUCAACCAGCCGAUGCAGGCGCUGGUUCCCGCUAGCAGUGUCACCUCGCAGCCUUCCCAGUGCAACACGGGCAUCUCCCAAACCAUAUACACCUUGGAGCAGCAGAUCAUCGCCCCGUCGUUCUCCAUGCAACAGGUCAACUGCAACGCCGUCCUCGUCCCCUCCCCGGUCUUCACGUCCCCCAUAAUGAUCCCGCACAACAGUUUCAUCGCAAACCAGUCCCCGUCGGCCUAUCAGACGCAGCCUCAGGCCUCUCAGCACUCCCUGCAGCUACAGCAGCUACAGCAGCCCCAGCAGUUCUUUCAGAUGGCUCAAGGACUUGUACACGGUGGAUCUACUCCAGCCUUCUUACACACCACUAAUGUCCCACAGCAAAGCACUGUGGGAUACAUCCAGCAGCAGCAACUGCCGCAGGCGCAACAGCAACAAAGGCAAUACCAACAUUCCCAAAACCAGACUGGCAGUGUUUCAGACUUCCGAAAUAUGCUGACUCGGUAGUGCGUUGGCACUGCGUUAGAGCGCCGAGAUAUCCCGCUGUGCCGUCGCCGCGUCGGCGGCAGCACGUUGUGGCAUUUGGAAGUGAAAACCCAACGUCAAGUUCUGCCCUGGAGAUGCUUGAAAGUGGAAAACCGCUUCUAGUGACCUCGCUGUCGGUUUCUGGCUGCCCGUUCAGAGGAAGGGGGGUCCGGUUUGUCCCCGGAGUGAAAACCACCAGCAGAGGCUGCACUGACCGAACGUCAUGUGCAGGGAUCCGAGGAGAGUCUGAGGGGCUCGGCCUCCAUCAGCCGUCAAGCGGUGAAACUGCUGGAAGAAGUGGAUUAUCAAAGCUCUCGAUAAGACAUCAUCUGAACAAGUUUCCUUUAGUGUUUGCACUUUUGUCCCGCCCCCUACAAAAAGGUAGAAUAUUUACUUUUGCCCCUGAAUUAAUGUUCUACUUUCCUGACUGAUAACAGCUCGACACCCCUCCCCAGUGACAAUCAUCCCCCCUGCUCCAGUAUAAACGGUUCAUCUCAUCAAAGAGUUUUUUGAUCGACCUCGAUGUUUGUCUCCGCUAGCAGACGUCCAACGUCGCUCCCAUUCUGUCCUCCAAACAAUCAUUUACUUGCAGCUACAUUGGCGGCUCGUGACUGGAGAGGGGCUUCGUUGUGAAACAGGCGGCGGGGAGGUGACUGUCGUCAGGUUGGGUAAGAAUCGAAAUGUAACGCGGCUCUACACUGGGGGGGGGGGAUAUUCUCCGACUGUUAGAAAGGUCUAUCUCGAUUUUUAAAGCCUCGAUCUGGGCCUGCAGGAGGGAUGCUGCUACAACCGUCGCACCACUUUUCACUGAGAAAGGACAACAAAGCUCUGCAGCACGAGUCCUUAAACAAGCUA